CGUUCACGCCCACCCUCCAGGAGCCACUAUGUCAAACAAAGGAAGAAGAAGUUUCCUCAUCGGUGGAGGUUGCACGGCCUUUAUCAAGCCAAGGGCGACGAGGACCACCGACGAUAUGGGUUUGGAAGCUGCAACUAAGGCCCUGCUAGAUGCCGGUAUCACCUACGACUUGGUGGAACAGGCUGUGGUUGGAUACGUUUAUGGUGACUCUACGUGUGGACAGCGUGCCCUUUACAACCUUGGUCUCACCGGAAUACCCAUCACAAACGUGAACAACAAUUGUUCCACGGGCUCCACCGCUCUCUUCCAAGCCAAUAAUGCGGUCAAGUACGGCGCGGCAGAAUGUGCUCUCGCUCUGGGCUUCGAACAAAUGAAACCUGGCUCUCUGUCAAGCAAUUUCCCCGACCGUAAACCUCCAACGAUGCUUUUAGGGAUUCGAACAUCUGAGGUUGAGCAACGGAUCGGUGAAAACCAUGGACCAUCUGCUCCUAGGCAGUUUGCGAACGGUGCGAGAGAAUACUUUCUGAAAUAUGGUGGUGGAGUUGAACAUCUUGCUAAAAUUGCAUCUAAAAACCACAAGCAUUCAGUCAACAACCCUUAUUCUCAAUUCCGGGAUGGAUGGAGCGUCGAACAAGUCUUGAAGGCACCAAAAAUCACCAACGAACUGACCAAAUUCAUGUGCAGUCCAACCUCAGAUGGUGCUGCAUGUUGCAUUGUUGCAUCCGAAGAUUUUGUUCACAAGCACAAGCUCGAAAACCAAGCCAUUGAAAUUGUUGCACAAGCCCUCACGACUGAUUCUCCUCUCACUUUCGAGGCGGACAGUGCCAUGGAAGUCGUCGGAUACUCCAUGUCAAAGAAUUGUGCAGACAAGGUUUUCAAAGACGCUGGUUUUGGACCUGGAGAAGGAAGGGACCAAGUCGGUGUCGUGGAAUUGCAUGAUUGUUUCGCGGCCAAUGAGUUGAUUAUGUAUCCCGCGCUCGGUCUUUGCAAGUUGGAAGACGCACCAAAAUUGGUAGAUCAGGGUGACAACACUUACGGAGGCAAGUAUGUCAUCAAUCCUAGCGGUGGUCUCGAAGCUAAGGGCCAUCCACUCGGCGCAACUGGAUUGGGGAUGCACUUCUACAUCAUGAUGCAACUCCGAAACUGGGCGGGACCGAUGCAAGCUCCUGGUCUCUUCGAUACUCGCGAUUCACGAGGUAAAUACGGGUUGGUACACAACGUAGGGUUGGGUGGUGCUGUUGUAGUUUCGUUACUCCGGAGGCCUGAAUUUUUCAAGUCUGAUGGUCCAGAUGGCAGAGAUCGUGUUGGUUACAAUCAUGCACAUGAAUGUCGAAGGGUCACAAUGUCAGACGUGGAUAAGGUAAAGUCGAAGCAGGCGUCCAAGUAUGUCUUGCAGCACGCUAAGCUUUGAGCUGCCACCUGCGCAAGUUAUGUACGAGUAUCUAUCCCUUGUUUUUACUGGAACGCACUGUAUUUUUGAUUUGCUAAUAGUACGUGAUCGACAACGACACGAAGAAUUCAAACGGCUGAACUCGACGCCUCGGCGCAAACAAGUCCAGC